CUUAUAUAAAGAGACCCUCAGAGGCAGGCAGGGCGCACAGUUUGGUGCAGAAGCACAGACAGAGGAGCAGCUCCCCUCUUCUCCGUCUUCUUCUACUUCUUCUAUUCUUGUCGCUGCAUCGCUGCUUUUUCUUUUUUCUUACUUUAAUUUUAGGUUGUUUUUUUUUCUCCCAGUCUUGCAUCAUGGGCUCCGUGCUCCCUGCAGACCCUCUGGCUCUCAAGUCUGGAUUUAAGUGUCCGAGUCGCGCACUCUCGGACGUGAUCACCUCGGACAUCCUGCACAGUUUCCUUUACGGCAGGUGGAGGAACGUGCUGGGAGAACACCUGGCAGAGGAGCGGCACAGCAGCAGCCCAAAGACCGCCUUCACUGCGGAGGUGCUGGCUCAGUCCUUCGUCGGAGAGGUGCAGAAGCUGUCCAGCCUGGUCCUGCCAUCGGAGGUGAUCAUCGCGCAGAGCUCCAUCCCUGGAGAAGGUCUCGGCAUCUUCUCCAAGACUUGGAUCAAAGCAGGGACCGAGAUGGGCCCUUUCACGGGGAGAGUCCUGUCCCCUGAGCACGUGGACUUGCUCAAGAACAACAACCUCAUGUGGGAGGUGUUCAAUGAAGACGGCACUGUGCGUUACUUCAUCGAUGCCAGCCAGGAGGAUCAGCGCAGCUGGAUGACAUACAUAAAGUGCGCCCGGAACGAGCAGGAGCAGAACCUGGAGGUGGUGCAGAUCGGCAGCAGCAUCUUCUAUAAGGCGGUGGAGACUAUCCCACCGGACCAGGAGCUUCUUGUCUGGUAUGGAAACACCCACAACACGUUUUUGGGAAUCCCUGGAGUUCCAGGAAUCGAUGAGGAGCAGCAGAAGAAGAUCAGGAAUGAGGAAUCCCACCCCUGUGAAGGCCCUUCCUCCUGCUCCCCCACCUCAUCCUCCUCCGCCUCUGCAGGACGCAUGCGCUGCGUCAUCUGCCACCGCGGCUUUAACUCCCGCAGCAACCUGCGCUCGCACAUGCGCAUUCACACUCUGGACAAGCCAUUCGUCUGCCGCUUCUGCAACCGCCGCUUCAGCCAGUCGUCCACGCUCCGGAACCACGUGCGCCUGCACACCGGCGAGCGACCCUACAAGUGUCACGUGUGUCAGAGCGCCUACUCUCAGCUCGCGGGCCUCAGGGCGCACCAGAAGAGCGCGCGGCACAAACCGGUGACGCACGGUGCAGAUGUGACGUCCCAGGUGUCCCCUCCUCCUCCUCCUCCUCCUCCUCCUCCUCAGUUGACGGCCAUGACUCACCAACACCAGAUGCCCCUCGUGCACCACAUUCCCACCAUGGUGCUAUGAUGACGUCAACAGGGAGGGUCGGUGACUCAGAUCAACGUUGCACUUUAGAUUACAGCUGUUUGGGAGAAGGGAAGGGAAUGAAUGAGUUAAUGUGACCGUAAAACAUCCCACAAAGACAUUUCAACACGUUUUCCAUUGUUUACAGUUUCCCGUUUCAUUGGCUUUCACAUGAUCCAAAUUCCAGCAAAGAGGAAGUUUUUAAAGUAUUUUGUAAAUUUGAAAUGUGUUGAAAAAAACAACCGUCUUACAAAUAAUUCAUCAGUGUGUCAUUUGUUAAUGCAUAUGUGACUUUCUUCAACACUUUUGAUUAUGCAUCACGGUCUCAGCUGCUCAGUUGAACAGUUCAUUCAGUCAGAGAUUUGUACACUGAGUAGAAAUGGUUACACACACUGAAAACUGAAUUAGUCACUUUAACUUGCACAGACUGUAAACUAUACUAUUGUGUACUUUUAAAAUUGUA